UCAGCAGCCGGAGCCGCCGCGGGGACGAAGCCUUUCAUCUGCGUUUCUCCUCGAUUUCCCCUCAAAAUCCGCCUUUCAACCAGCAUGUCGGGCUUCGACAGCAACCCUUUCGCCGACCCGGUGGACGUGAAUCCCUUCCAGGAUGCUUCAGUCACACAAGCCACCAGCGGUGCCGAAAACAUGGGAGAGUACAACCCUUUCUCGUCGCCUGAACUGGGAAGCAUCUCCGGUACAACCAUCCCCAUGUCUGCCACCACCACACAGCCCGCCGUCCUCCAGACGUCCGUGGAGCAGAGCCCCAAGGCCGCUGCCUCGGCCGCGCAGGCCGACCUGCUGCGGCAGCAGGAGGAGCUGGAGAGGAAGGCCGCCGAGCUGGAGCGCAAAGAGCAGGAGCUGCAGAACCGGAGCGCCGGCGGCCGGGCGCCCAACCCUGGAGAGAAAGCGAACAACUGGCCGCCUCUCCCCACAUUCUCCCCCAUCAAGCCCUGCUUCUACCAGGACUUCGAGGAGGAGAUCCCGGAGGAGUACCGCCAGAUCUGCAAGCGGAUGUACUACCUGUGGAUGUUCCACAGCGCCACGCUCUUCCUCAACGUGCUGGCCUGCCUGGCGCUCUUCACCACCAGGAGCAGCAGCGGCAUCGACUUCGGCCUCUCCAUCCUGUGGUUCGUCCUCUUCACCCCGGCGGCGUUCAUCUGCUGGUACCGGCCCAUCUACAAAGCCUUCAGGUCCGACAGCUCCUUCAGCUUCUUCUUCUUCUUCUUCGUGUUCUUCUUCCAAGUGGCGGUGUACAUCAUCCAGUCAGUGGGGAUCCCCACCUGGGGGAACAGUGGAUGGAUCGCAUCCAUCAGUGUGAUCGGCACUAACCUGGCCGUGGCCGUCAUCAUGAUGGUCGUGGCUGGAUUCUUCACAGUGAACGCCUUCCUGGGAGUCAUCCUCUUGAAAAUGGUCCACUCUAAGUACAGGCGGACGGGGGCCAGCUUCACCAAGGCCCAGCGGGAGUUCUCCCAGGGAGUCCUGACCAGCCAGACCUUCCAGACCACCGCAGCCGGCGCCGCCUCCGCCGCGGCUCAGGGAGCUUUUGGCAGCAACCAGGGGAAUUAGAGGGUGUCCCCACAUCGCCCCGGCUUCAGGCCAGUCUCCUCUGUCUCUCUCUGUCUCUGUCGCUGUCCGAUGAACCGGACCAGCUUCUGGAGGCUCGAUCAAUCACGACGAAGAAAAACAUAAACUUGAAGCGAAGCCGUCCCUGUUUUCCAGGUCUGGUAGGAUGUAGAACCGAGACGAGCCAGAGGUGCUGCCAGGGUUUGAACCUCGAGCUUUUUGAAGUUAUUCUGGUGAAGUUACUCCGGGGAAUCACAAACACAAGUUACAAGAGUGGGAACGAGUUAAAAAAAGAAAAGAAAAAAAAACACUCACAUGAUAGCAGGAGAGCUAUUUUAACAAGAGACUAGAGAGAUGGAUGCAAUAAAGAUGUAGACGGUUUAACAAAUAACCCAAAACAGCAGAGGAUACCCAUUUAAAGAGGUCAUGACCUUUUGUUUGCUCCCCCUACUGGGCAAAUAAAGAAUAUCCAUCAUCACUUUAAUUCAACAACUGCAUUAAAUUCCUGUUUUUGUUUUGUUUGUAAUGUUUUCCUGUUUGAGGUGGUGUGUGGGCCAGAUCAAACCCUCCGGCACAGACCUGUGUACAGGCUGAUAAUUGCUGUGGCACAGUGGGUUUGUUUUGGUCCUAAGUUGUGACUGGCUGCUCUGGACGGUCGGUUUUUGGCUCGCUGACCGUGAGUUUUACUCCUCCGAUAAGUAGCAGGCAACUGAUGGAUCGUAUUUUAUUUUUUUAAAAAAAGCUUGAGGACCCAUCUCUUCACGUUAUAAUGAAGUUGAAAAAAAAAAAAAUCACCCUAUGAAGCAUCUCUGAAGGUUGAAGCAGAGGCUGCUGGACUGUUAAAA